AUGGUUCAGACUCUGUAUCUGCUCUUGGCUACAAGAAUCAUAUUGAGCACUACUAUAUUCCCCCACUUACACGGUGACAGCAGGCUGAAGGCCGAAUCUGGGCCGGCCAGCCAGCCACACAUGUCUCCCAUCGUGUCCUCUUUGGAAGUUGCAGACAAUGAGAUUGGUUUAAUGGAUUCUUCGAUACUACAUUCUUUAGCAGCACAAUCUACUUCUCGAGUUCCUCAAUCUCUAUCUGCUCCUCCGGCAUGGACUGGUACGGGUACCGUCAGAUCUACUGUAUGCAUACCGGAAGCUUGUGGCUGUAAUUACGUAAUUACACUUCCAAAUUUCAAAAGCUCUAGUAUUGUAGUAAGAAAACCUGCAACUAACUGCGUUCAAGGUGACUUCUGUGAUGGUUCUUCGGACAUUGUUGCGUCGCUUUGA